AUGACUGAGCCGUACACCCAGGGCAACCUCGUAAUCGCUCAGGCAGACAUACCAGGGUACAUCCGAAUCAAGCAUCGCAACUUAAGAAACAGCCAUUUCAAAACCCUUUUUCUCGCGCAGGAAUUGAUUGGCGGAUCACAACCCGACCACAGUUUAGCUCGGUCGGCCACGCAGAUCGCAAUCGGGGGUAAGAUCUUGAACGGUGGCCAUGCCACGAUAUGGGCGGCUGAUUUUAGCCCCAGCGGUCGCUACCUAGCAGUCGCUGGAAAGGACCCGUCCAUCAAGGUCUUCAAGGUCAUUUCCACGGAGGAAGAGCGUAUGGCUGAGGAAGGGGACGAAAACCAGGCAGGCCCAGCAACAAAGAGGUUUUACGCACCUGUAUUCCUGUCGACGCCAAUCAGAGAGUACACAGGUCACACAGGAGAGGUGCUGUCCUUGAGUUGGAGCAAAAAUGACUUCAUACUCUCGUGUUCGACAGAUAAGACAGUUCGUCUCUGGCACCCAAGUCAGCCGACCUGCCUGCGUGUCUUCCGGCAUGCCAAGACUGUCACUUCCGUUGCCUUCCAUCCAAUCGAUGAUCGAUUCUUCCUUUCAGGAUCCUUCGACGCUAUACUAAGGCUAUGGAGUAUUCCGACCACGUCAGUCGCUUAUUCGUCUUCCAUGACGGAUGUCAUCACCGCCGUGGCUUUCUCACCGGACGGUAAGGUCGCAAUGGCGGGCAGCUUCCAUGGCACGUGUAUCUUUCUCGAUACUGUCGGCUUGAAGGGAAAUCAUCGAACAUGUACCUGGUCUCCACACGCCAAGGUUGAGAUAGGCGUCAAGAUCACAGGCAUACAGACAGUGCUGAAACCUGGCAGCAUCGAUCCCAACCGCCGAGUAAAGGUGAUGAUCACGACAAAUGAUUCCCGAAUACGCAUUUAUAAUCUCACGGACCAGACUCUUACUGCCGAAAUUGAGGGAUUAAUGAACCUAUCAAGUCAAAUACGCGCCCGUUUCAAUGAGGAUGGGACAUAUGUUGUUUGCGGCAGCGAAGAAGACAAGGUCCAUAUUUGGCACUUAGGGUUAGAUGAGCCCAAAUUGAAACAUGAGCAUCCUCACGAGAGUUUUCGUACACAUUCUGAGGUAGUCACCAAUGCCUUGAUAGCUCCAGCGGCAAGCCGGGAGAUUGUUAACGCCUCAAAGGACCCGAUCUAUGACCUUUGUAAUCCGCCUGCUGUCGCGCUAUGUGAUUUGCAGGAGAACACAGCUGACGGAACAAGCACUUCGUGCUCGAUUUUCGGGGAAACAGAGCUCACCAUAGCGCAACUACAAAAAUGCAGGGCAUACACUGAGCGUAGCAGGCAUCCUGGUGGUAAUGUGAUCGUUACGACAGACACUAUGGGAAAGGUGAAGGUAUUCCGGCAAGACUGUGCCUUUAGCGAGCGGUGUUUCGUGCCAGGUAGUUACAAAAUUUAA